AUGUCUCUCACACACAUUAUGGUCAGGACCCCCCGGGAGUCCUGGCUUCUGCAACUGUCCCUGAGGGCUUUAAACGCGGUCAGAAUGAAAACCGUGUUCCAGCUGCUCCUGGGAACAGCGUUGCUCUUCGCUUUCAUGGCGCUCUAUGGCGAAUUUGGAAACUUUGCGAUCUUGUUCCACGUCUCUGGUAUUAUGAGGAAACCAAAUGCAUUCAUAUGGCAGACAAGCCACUCCAGAAACACAUCGAUGGAGGAUUCAGAGGCUUGGAGAAGAUACAACUUUGCGGUGCCCUGGAGACCUGAGUACAUGGGCCGUGCAAACCUCCAUAUUUUUGACGAGUGGUGUGGCAGCUCGGUGGAUUCUCUCCGGAAGAAUGUGCACUUCCCUCUUCACCCACACGUCAGGACCACAGUCCCCAAGCUGGCACUGGCCCCUCAGCAAAACCAAUACGGCCUUAGAAUAUUUGGCUAUCUGCAUCCUCCGGCUGAUGGAGAGUACAUAUUUGCUCUGGAUUCUGCAAAAAACUCUGAGCUGUGGUUGAGUUCUGACGAGUCGCCUCUGAACGUGGUCCUUCGUGCCUGGGUGGGGAAGACUGGUGUUGAAUGGACAGCUCCUGGAGAAUAUGAUAAAUUUAUACAUCAGAAAUCUGUGCCAAUAAGGCUGACUACCCGUAUCAAGUAUUUUUUUGAGGUGAUCCACAAACACAACACGGGGGACGGCGACCAUGUUGCAGUGGCAUGGCGUUGCUUGAAUCAAACAAAGGAUUUUGGCAUUGUUCAGUCUGAGCACAUCUCUCUCUAUGUGGAUGAGUCCGCUAUAGUCCUUGGUGAUUUUGCGCAUAUUCCUCAAACUGCUGCCAGCCACCAACAAGAGCACGAGGAUAAGCACAACGCUGUUCCGGAUAUGCAAAGGGAAGACCCUAGGGACACUUUGUAUCGAGGUGAGUAA